AUGACACCCUCUUCUAUUGACCUCUUGUAUCUCACGUUCAACUGUGCCAAGAACCUUCUCGACGUCCCCGUCUUCGGCAGCCAUUUGCAAACCGCCUUUCGUCAAAACGCAACUGGUCUACCAGAGGUGGUUGUUCUCUCGUUACAGGAGGUGGCACCCUUGGCGUACUCCUUCAUUGGUGGUUACUUCUUGAACCCGUACCUCUCACGAUACGAACAAGCCAUCAAUAUCGCCGCUCAACAUAUAAUCGACGAUCUAUCGAGCCGAGAUAGCGAGACUGUUAACACUGCGCCCACUGCCCUCCCCUCGAAGCCAUACACACUUGUGCGAGGCAAAAAUGUGGGCUACACCGCCAUACUGCUCUUCGCUCGCGAGCCUUCAAGGCUAAAGAAUAUUCAAGAGGCGGAAGUCGGAUUUGGGGCCGCUGAGAUAGGGAACAAGGGCGCUGUCGGUCUACGCAUGCUCUAUGAAGUUGAUGGUGGCUCAUCUGAGCUUACCUUUGUCGCAACACACCUGGCGGCUAUGGAAUGGAACUUGCCCCGGCGUAACGCCAACUGGGCUGCUAUAAUGCGUGGUAUGGCUUUUGAAAACCCAGAAGUGGUUGUGAAUAGCUACAAGACCUCUGUCACCCCAUCUCCAGCCUCAACACCACCUGCCGAGGACGAGCCCGAGCGUGCGCGCCUCCUCGAUAAUGAACACAACGAGCAACACUUACAACUUCAACAACAGUUGCACAACAUCUCCGUUUUCAGGCCCUCGUCAUUUCUCUUUGUUGCCGGUGAUCUAAAUUAUAGGAUAUCUACCACGUCCCCGCCGCCUUCCGCUACAUUCCCCAGUCUAGACCCGGAUUCGGAGAACUACUAUCCAGAUUUUUUCCGCCUCGAUCAGCUUACUCGUGAACGUAACGCUGGUCGGACUUUACAUGGGCUAUCAGAGCACGAGGUGCGCUUCCCGCCGACUUACAAGUACGAUGUGCUACCACCACGACCUGGCACGCGAGAGCCUGAGCUUGACGUGCCCUGGAAAUUUGCAGUUCAUCGCUAUCCAAGUUGGACAGAUCGGAUCCUUUUUCUCGAUGUACCUUCAUGGCUCAAAAAAGGGAAUAGCCAGGACCCCAAGCUCAACGUUCGUGCUUAUGACUGUCUUCCAGUACUGCGUAUGAGCGACCAUCGUCCAGUGUACCUACGUAUCGACGUGCCCCUCAUUUCACCGAGUGAUAUGGCCCCGCCGUCAGACCUGGAUUGUGGUGUAAGCAAGGACCCUCGGGCCCGACUCCCUAUGGAAAUUGACCCAGAGGCCUGGGAGCGCCGGGCCGCCGCACGCCGUAAGGAGGUCAUGGCAGGCUGGAGCAUGUACCUCUGGAGUACUAAGGAGGGUGCCUGUAUCCUGGCCACAGUACUCGCUUUUGGUGCAGGUGUGUACUGGUUGCACCGGCGGUUCUGA